UAAUUUGAAGGAGCUUUUAAUUGAUAUGGGAUUGAGGGAUAUGUUUGACGCUAACAGGGCGAGAUUCCCUGAGAUUUCGGAUUACCAGCUGCAUGUUUCUAGCUUCAUUCAAAAGGCAGAUGUGGAGGUGACAGAGGAAGGGACGGUGGCUGCAGCAGUGACAGAGAUGGGUUUCUCUUUCAGGAGUUCAGUUCAGGCUGAGAACUUUUUGGCAAACAAACCCUUCUUCUUCAUGAUUGUGGAUAGGAAAACUGAAGUGCCAGUCUUCAGUGGAGCUUACUCCAAGCCCAAACUUUUUUAGGCGGUUAUUUUGUCAGUGAAUUACAGUAGGUACAAAAGUACCGUGACUUUAAAUAAAUAUGACUCAAUAUUAAUGUAAAAAUAUUUUUAAUACAUUGAUUGCACCACCGAAAGUUUGUUUUCGUAUUAAU